UUUCUCUGGCGCCCCCUGCAGGACAGAAGCUAACCAGUCUGCAGGGGGCAGCAAACCUUCAGACUGAGCGACUCCAGUGGUUCGGUCCCAGUUAAUGUUUGAGCUGUGGGUGUACUGGUCAGACUGGGGUCAGGCUCUGCAGACGCCAUGGCUCAGCUGGUGGAGUGCGUUCCCAACUUCUCUGAGGGCCGAGACCAGAAGGUGAUCGAUGCCAUCGCCGCCGCCAUCUCUGAGACCGCCGGCUGCAGCCUGCUGGACGUCGACCYGGGGGCCUCCACCAACCGGACUGUCUACACCUUCGUGGGCCCCCCGGAGGCGGUGGUGCUGGGGGCGCUGAACGCCGCCCGCCGGGCCUUCAGCCUCAUCGACAUGAGCAAACAUUCAGGUCAGUGUGAGUCCAAAGCCGCUGUCCAGAACCGAACCGAACUGGGAACNUGA